GGGAGUUGGCGGGGGGCAGCGGCUGCGGCGGCUGCAGCAGAGGGGCCGAGAGCUGGCGGCGGCGGCGGUCGUGAAGGGCAUCGGUAGCGGCGGUGAUGGCAGUGUCGAUCUGAAGAUGGAAAGAGCCAGGCGAAGGGGAGGCGGCGGCGGCCGCGGCCGCGGCGGCAAGAAUGUAGGGGGCUCUGGCCUAAGCAAGAGUAGACUCUAUCCCCAGGCCCAGCACUCCCACUACCCCCACUACGCGGCCUCAGCCACCCCUAAUCAGGCUGGGGGUGCAGCCGAAAUCCAGGAGCUGGCCUCCAAACGAGUGGACAUCCAGAAAAAGAGGUUUUACCUAGACGUGAAGCAAAGCUCCCGGGGCCGGUUCCUAAAGAUAGCUGAAGUCUGGAUAGGGAGAGGCCGGCAGGACAAUAUCAGAAAGAGUAAACUGACUCUGUCCCUGUCUGUGGCAGCGGAGCUGAAGGACUGUCUAGGGGACUUCAUCGAGCAUUAUGCCCACCUGGGCCUGAAAGGCCACCGACAGGAGCAUGGCCACGGCAAAGAGCAAGCGUCCAGGAGGAGACAGAAGCACUCGGCACCCUCCCCACCAGUCUCUGUAGGGUCCGAAGAGCACCCUCAUAGUGUCCUCAAAACAGACUACAUAGAGAGGGACAAUAGGAAAUACUAUCUAGACCUAAAGGAAAAUCAGCGGGGUCGCUUCCUAAGAAUUAGACAAACCAUGAUGCGGGGGACUGGCAUGAUAGGUUAUUUUGGUCACAGUUUGGGCCAAGAACAGACUAUUGUGCUCCCAGCACAAGGAAUGAUCGAGUUUCGUGAUGCCUUGGUUCAGCUAAUUGAAGACUAUGGCGAAGGGGACAUAGAAGAACGAAGAGGUGGAGAUGAUGACCCACUUGAACUCCCAGAGGGGACUUCUUUCAGAGUGGACAAUAAAAGGUUCUACUUUGAUGUGGGCUCUAAUAAAUAUGGAAUUUUCCUGAAGGUAAGUGAGGUGAGGCCACCUUACCGUAAUACUAUUACUGUUCCAUUCAAAGCUUGGACAAGGUUUGGGGAGAAUUUUAUCAAGUAUGAAGAAGAGAUGAGGAAAAUUUGCAACAGCCAUAAAGAAAAGAGAAUGGAUGGCAGAAGGGCCAGUGGUGAAGAACAAGAAUGCCUCGACUAGAGUGAAUUUGAACUCCAUCAGGCAAAAUUUUAAAUCAUAAAAUUGGCUAAAAGUACUGAUCCAUAAUCAUUUGAAGAAGUUUUUCCUCUUUUUUGGCCCUUUGUUAUUAGUAAUACCUCUGGUAGUUUAUACUUCAAGGAGUCUGAUUCUCAUGUUAUAUGUAGAACAUUAUAAUUCUUAUGGGAAUUUCGAUCUUCCCAGAGCUAAAUAGUUUAGCUGCUUCAACUGCUCCAGACCAUUGAAGUAUGCAAAUCAGCACAAAAUGUGACAUUCUGACCUUCUAAAUACCAUAACUAAGAUUUACAUUGCACUAUGACAUAAUCCUGAAAAAGAUACAUAUACUUAAUAUGGAAGUGUGAAUUUCUAUUUAACAAGUUCCCCAAAAAAGUAUUCCAUCCCUACUUCGUUAAAAGCUGCUAAGCUUACCUGUAGGGCAGUUACCACAGAAACAGAAAUUGACCUCAAGUAUAAUACAAAUAUAUUUAUUUAUAAAAGUACAUGUAGAAAUAUAUCAGUUGUUCAUUGGAUAACAGUAUUAAACCAUACCAUUAAAGAGUCAAAUCUUACAGCUACUACAAUAUUCUAUAAUUUCAAAUUUUGUGGUAACCCUGGAGUUUAUAGUUGCCAUAUCAAAGCCGUGGGAGAGUUUUAAUUGGUUGUUCUAAACUAGUUAUAACCCUAUCUUUACCUCUACUUACUGUACCAUAUAUUUUUAUUGACUUUCUGAAGUUUUAGGAAUUACUUUUAUGUCACUGUUGAGUGGGAGGCUUCAUCCUAUGGCUUUGCUAUGGAAAUCUUGGUGUUUUAGCCUUUCAUGCUAAUUUGAAGGUUGUGAGAGGUUUUUUGUUUUUUUUUUUUCCCCAAAAUAUAUCGUGGACUCAAGGUGUUCUAUUUUAUGCUUCUUCUUUAGCACUAUUUCAGAGGGGUUGGUGCACCAGUUCACUGAUACAAAAAUACAUCUGUAAUAAUACAUUUUAGUAGCACUUUUGCAAUUGCUACCCUUAAAACCGUGUCAACACUUCCAAUAUAAACCUGGCUUUUACAGGUAUUUUAAUUCCAGAAAAACAAACAAACAAACAAACAACUCUUUUUCUAAAAAGCAUUUAGAAUAUAAAUUUUCAGCCUGGGAAAAUAUUUUAGAUUGGUUAUGAACAUAUUUGAAAGGAAAAUUCAAGCAUUUUCCAAGGUGCUCUUUAUGAUACUUAAAAAGGUUUACUUUACACAAGACUCACCCAGUUACCUGUAUUAAAAAUUGCUUUCCAGGAAGUGCCACAGCAAUUUUUCAACACCUAAGCAAUUUUUAAACAAGUGGAUAUAUUGUAUAUGUGUACCAACCCACCCUGUAUUAACUGACUAGAAUUUUAUCUGUUGAGCUGCAUUUUAUUCUGAUUGAAACUAUUGUCUUUUAUCUUGGCUUUAUUCACCUCCCACACAAUAAGUCCAUAUAAUCAUAUUUAAGAGCCAGACACUGAUUUCAACCCCCAAAUAUAGCUCUCAUUUAUGAGAGCUGGCUGCAUGGAUUGAGAUCAGAAUGUAGCUCUCCUUUUAUAUACCAUAAGUAGUUCAAAAUAAUUUUAAUAAUUUUUUUUCUUCAGAAGUUUGUCCCCAAGUACAUUUAAGUAAGGUCACUAAGAAAACGUUAUGAGUUAAGAAAAUAAUAUUACUGGCUUAUCUUAUUUAAAAACAAGCAAUCAGUAACCCAGACAUAUAUGCUGGUAUUGGUUUUCAGAUUGUAUUUCACGUUUCCCCAAGUAGUAUGAAGGAAUCUCAUUAGUUCAUCAUAAAUGUGGACCAUCUGGAUUACUAUGGAACAACCGAAGGUUGGAAGAUAGUUGGAAAUACUAGAGUUAAUAGCACAUGGUGGGUGUUGAGACUCUAAAAGUAGCAAGGAUCUUUAAACAGUCCUAACUGUAAAAUAACUAUUGUAGACUUGAUAAAAAGUAGCUUUUGGUAUAUGAAGGAGUGAUGUGCACUUGAAUUACUGUACUACUGAUUGUUAUUCCUGCCCAUCAUAGUGCCUAUUAAUAAUUAUCAACCUGUCAGAUUUUGGCAAACUGGAGCUGUGCAUGUUCCAGUAUUCGAGUGUUCCUAUCACUAUUGCUAUGACUGUAUACUCUCUCUUAAAAACCUUCCCUCGUACAAUACUUAUAUCCAUUAAGUCUAAAUGAUUUCUUUCUUGGUUUUUAGUCUGAUAAGAUUUGAGAGUGUGUGUCUAUAUACAUACAUACGUGUGUAUAUAUACAUAUACACAAUACAUGUCAGACUUAAAUAUCUUUAAUUCAUUGUAUAUAAAUAUUAAUUUUGCAUUAAUUGUUUAAGUAAAGAAUUAGUUAAGUAGCCAAAUCUUCUACAUUGUAUGUAUACUUCAAAGUUAUUACCAUCUCAAAGCUAUAGAUUGGUAGAUGCAUAUAUACCGGCAAUUGAAUAUACUUUAGAAUCACUAAGCCUUCUGCCAGUCCUUUUGUUUCACUUUUUUAUAUGUAUUCAUUGAAAAAUGAAAUGAUGUUACAAUUUUUUGAUACUUAAAAUUCCCAAUUAUCCAUUAGCCAUAAUCAAAUAAGAUCCAGUUCAAAACUCUGGUAUUAAGACAUGUAUUGCCAUGUAUCUUAUAAAAUAAGCUACUAUUUUUAUCUGUGCAAUAUACAUUUUAUUUAUUGUCAUUUGUAACAUAAAUGGAGCUGCAAGUGUACAUGGUAUUCUUCAAAAUAAUAGGAUCCCUGCCUUGAAGACAUUAAACUCUUAAGGCAACUGGAUGUUAGAAGUCAAAAAAUGAACAUUCAAGUUAGUAACCAAAAUUACUAGUUCAUUGUAUAAUUCUAAAACACUGAUGAUGUUUGCACAUAACCCAAGCAUAAUGUGGUAUAGACUCAAAACUGUAAUAAUAUAAGCUAAUAGUAUGAAAUUUGGAAACGGGUUCCUCAUAAUAGUUGGCAGUGUGCUCCUAGCAAUUGAAAGCAACACUAAUCUGUUGCUUAAUAUGCAAAAGAUGCAAUGUAUUAUAAAAGUAUUAAAAGUUCUGCCACAUUUUAUAAUUUUCCUUGUUAAAACCCCAAACUGCCAUGUCCCUUAAACUUGAGUCAAACACAAGCUUAUUUGCACUAAAGAGCAUGGCCAAAAAGUAAACGACAGGGUGGAAAAGCUAGUUGGAACCUCUUGAAAUAAUUGGUUCUAAUGGGAGAAUUUCACAUUUGUCUAUUUGAAAGCUAUAUGGUCCAGGCAGACAAUCUGUCAGUUCACUAAUUUAAUAAUGCACUUUACCUUUUGUAUAUAGAAGAUGUACAUUUAUGCCACUUGAAAGGUGGGAUGUGUUUCAAUAACUAUGUAGUUAGAAUCUGUAGGGUGAUCUCUUGCAUGCAGAUGUUUGUGUUGGAACUGCUAUAAUAAGUUUCCAUUAAAUCAGUGUAACGGAGAAGGGUAGAAGAUGCUUUUGAAACAACUCCCAAUACAUUUAAUGAACACUUAAAGUAGAGUUCAUAUUUGUAUUCUUAAGAACUAAAAUCAAUAAAAAACUACUUCUAGCCCAGAUUAGUAUUACAGUUGAGACUAUAUCUAGUUGAGACUCCCCAUAAUACCCUGAAAGUUAAUUUUGGGAAUUUGUGCAGAAAAAAAUUUUUUUAGUAAUUCUGUUUCAUUGUUGAUGUGUGUUAAAACAACUAAUAAAAAGACAGUACAUGAUACUGUGUAAGAAUUAAAGGCAUGGUUGGCUGAUACAGUGUCAUUAAGAAAACACCCAGACUAAAGAAAUAAAGUUUCAAAUUAAGAAAAUGCGAAGAGCCUCAGAACCAUUGCUAAAAUCAAUAUAGUAUUUCAAAAUUUGCAGAACUAACUUUCACCAACCAAAAAGGGUAUUGGGAGAUUUAGUGUAUCCUUUCAUCCUAAAAACUUCCUGAGAUGUACAUUUGAAAACUAGAUAAUUGUUGCUUAAUAAUAGGUUGUAUGUACUUUACUAAGAAACACUGUGUACUAACAAUUCAUCGAGAAUAUGCUAUAUUUACUGCAUUCAUUUUAUAUAUAUGGAUAAGAAUACAUUAUAUAUAAUCAUCCUAUCUUAAUAUAUUCAUGUAUUUAUAUUGUAAUUUUGCAAAUAUUUUCAGUAAAAUAAACAUUUAUCUGAGCUGCACAAUUUGAAGAGGAUGAAAUUGGAAUACACCCUCAGACACUCAUUUUUACUAAGCAGCUACCAUUGAAAGCUGGUGUAUGUACUAUCACUCCUUUAGAUUUUGUUUUAUGGUUUAUUUUAAUAUCUAAGUGAUUAGGACUUAAUUUGAAUUUUUAAGUGGCAUUCUGAAAAUAAUUUUUAUAAACAUGAGAUUUUUUUUCCCUGCUUAUUUCAAAAUGUCUUUCAUUGGAACUAUUUAUAAAAUCCUAUUCCAAGCUUUAUGUAAGGGCUUUGCUUAGUCACCACAUAGUUUGAAGUCUGUGUUUACUAAAACACCAAACAUCUUUGGCAGGAUAAAAAUCUAAAGUAAACCACAAGGAGAAGUUAAAAUUGACCCUAUGCCAACAGAAUAACAGAGGUGUAAUACUUAUCACUGCCAAGUAAGAUUCUUAUAGUCCUUCUGAAGUUUCCUUAAAGAUUUUUUGAAUUUCACAAGUAACGUGGCUAAUGGCUAACCCAUCACAGGAAGAAAAUAAGGAUAUUAGUAUGCUGUUGAGACAGACCAUAGUCCACAGUGCUGUAGCGAUGAGGUACAGGGAAAAUGUGUUUUUCCCAAUUUAAGGUCAUGUGAAAGUUGAGUUUUUAAGUCACGCUUACUGUCACAAAGUAAAGAUACCAAAACUUAUGUAGGUGGAUCUUGGAAAAACAAUAUAUGUAUUAGUAUAUUUUCUUCUAUAACGUAAAAAAAAAAAAAGUUUUUUUUUUCUUAAUUUGACUUGUUUUUUAAAAUUAAAUUUAUUUUGGUAGUUUUUAAUCAAUAUUUUUGAAUAGGGAAAACAUGUAUGGUACAAAAUUUAAACGCUACGGUUAGGUAGACCGUGAAAAGUAACCGGUGUUACCGAUUUCUUGCGUAUCCUUCUAGAGUUACUCUGAGUAUACAAGCAUAUGUGUCUAUACAUAUAUUCUUUAUAAACAUACAAAGGAAAAUAUAUACACUGUCCUGUGUAUAUGUCCUGGUAGUAUCAGUUUUAGAUCUGUCAUUUUAAAUGAGUUUUUUCCCUUUUACUUAGAUACCAUACUUGUACUAGUUAACAUAAAACUUAAUUUGAAUUAUAUUAUUACACCAAGGGAACCUCAAGGAAAUUUUGAAUGAAUCCCAUUAAUAUUAACUUAAGAUGCAAAUAUGUGUAUAUAUUAAUUUAAAGUGUAUAAAUAUUUAAUUUCCCUUCGCUAUCCCUAACCACCUUGCCCUUCCUGUCUUCCCCUGUUCCUUCUCUCAAAAGACUAUUGGUCUUUUUCCUAAAGUAAUACAGUUCAGGACUGGCAGGAUAUUAAACUAUUUUACCAAGUGUUAGGUUAACUAUGUUCUCUAAUGAAAAACACUGAUAUUUAAAGCUUUAAUAAAUUAUUACUUAAGUUUUACUAAUUCUUUUAAUAUCUUAUUGUUAUCCAAAGACCUUGCCAUUAUGAGAGCAAAUAAGUAAUGGAACUAUAAUGAAAGGUUGUGCUAUGACUGUUGAAAUCUUUUGAUUUGUUAACAUGAGCUUUUAUCUUUAUUAUGAUGAGGUUAUUAAUGAAUAAUUCAUUUAGCAACCUAGUCAAAUCCAGUACUAAACAAAGGGGUAACACUAGUCCUGAUUGUUUAAGGCAUGGAUUCCCCAUUGAAGGACUCAGAGUCCAUCAGAUGUCUUUGGGACCAGAAGGGGUACUAUGAUGAUUUGGGGAGAGAGUAAAAACUUUGGGGCUAUGAGGUUACAAGUACAACUAAACCAUCUCCAUUCUCUGCUGGAAGAGUAUUAAACAGUAAAUUGUUUGAAAAUAAGGUUAGCAUAAUGCUUUAAUAGUUUUUAAAACCCCUCCCCCCCAAAAAUCAAAAUCAAGUUCUCUUCUCAUUCAUAUCAAACGUGUAUGUUUAAAGUCAUUUUUCUAAUAACCACCAAGAAAAAAUUAUCUGAAAAAUUGAAAGGCCCAUGCUGGAACCUUAAAGGAUAUUAUCUAGUUAUAAAUUAAAUCAACCAGAGGAAAAGAUCUAGUACUAUUAGAAAUAUCUUAAAGAAUAUGAGGGUUGAGGAGGAUCUUUUAAUAGAUUAAUAUCUGUAAAUUUUAUGAAAAUAUUAAGUUUUAAAAAUUCAAGCACUGGUUUAAACAUUAAAAACAUAUCUCCAUAAUUGGUGGCAUAAUUUCCUGUUUGUAAAAUGAGAGAGUUGUUAGAAGACAGGACCCUCUUAAAUAUAUAUUUUUAAAGCAUAAAGAAGUGUUUAUUUUAAUGAUGAAUAACCCAUCAUCCUUUACAGAAUCUAUAACAUUGGUAAAACUCUCCAGUAUUUACUUGUUCAAGCUUAAAAUGGUUUAUAGGUAUUGCUUCUUAUUUAAGGAGUGGGGUCAAAAAGAAGGUAAAUUCUCCUGCAGGAACGAGUUUUGCUUAAAAAAUUAAGAAUUUCUCAUCCUUAAUCAAGGAGUUUCCCAUGUUGGUGCUUUCAGGUAAAUUGUGUUUUCCAAACUUUACCUUCUUUCAAAUAUUCUUUGUGAGAAAUGUCUUACUAAGGCCAGUGACAUCUACCAGUAAAUAAAAACUUAUUCAUAAUGAAAUUAGUGCUGCUACAGUGAAGUGAAUUUGUGAUGUGAAUGUAAAGGAAAUACUUAUUAAUGAAAUAUACAUUUUCUUCUUUUCUGUUGUUGACUUUUUUCUAAGAUUGUAUAGGAGUUGUCUGCCCUCUCAUUUCCCCCCUUUAUAGUUUCUGUGUUAUUCUAUUCAAAGUGUUGAUUGGUUUCCAGGAAAUAAUAGGCGUAAAUAAAAGGAAAAGUAAUCCCUAAGAAAAAUGUUCAUAGUAGUUAAAAGUUAGACUUGCUCCCAAGUGUAAGAUUAGGGGAAAAAAAUGCUUUUGUGGGCUUUUGUCUUUAUCAAAAUGGUGGUAUAAAUCUGUUUAUUUGAUCCGAUUAAAGACAGAAUUUCUUGUGAGAUACCUA